GUGGAGCAGUGGGAAAACAGCAUGGGAUGCUUCGGAUUCCUCAAGGUCAUGAUGUUCGUCUUCAACGGCGUCAUCUUUUUGGCGGGCGCCGCCAUCCUGGGCGUGGGGAUCUGGGUGAAGGUGGACAGCGGCUCCGUCCUCAACUUCCUCGGGAAGAUCGACAACGCACCGUCGGCGCAGCUGAGCCAGGUGCUCAACGUGGGCUACCUGCUGAUCGCCAUCGGAGCCCUGCUGGUCGUCAUCGGCUUCCUGGGCUGCUGCGGCGCCGUCAGGGAGAGCACCUGCAUGCUGAUGCUGUUCUUCAUCAUAGUCCUGGUGGUCUUCAUCGCGGAGGUGGCGGGAGCGAUCGUGAUUUUGGUUUUCAGACCCUUGGCCGACGACCUACUCACCAAGGUUGGCACGGCGGCCGUUCAGAACAUCAGGAAGGACUACGGGCAAAAUCCGGACAUCACCGGACUGUGGAACUCCACAAUGAGCUCGUUAAAAUGUUGCGGAUUCUACAACUCCUCAGACUUCGUGGGCUCUCCGUAUUACGUGACCAACGGCAACAGAUAUCCUCCGCAGUGCUGCCCAGGCAUGAACGGCACAUGUACCGACACAGUGGCUGGAAACAACACGGCGAUCACUGGCUGCUUCCCAAAGAUCAAGCAGCUGAUUAACGACAACAUGGUGGCCAUCGUGGCCGUGGCCCUGGGAAUAGCAGUCCUGGAGUUAUGCGCCAUGGCUGUCUCCAUGAUCCUUUUCUGCAGAAUCAAAUCCAGGGGGGACUAACUGCAGAUGGCGACGGCCCGAUGAGGAUCCCUUUAAUCUCUAGAGUCUUUCUGCUUCCUGUUCCACCUCUAGAGGAGUGAAGGGCUCAGCCUGUAUCUCGCAAAGCAAUGCCUCAUCAAUAAAGACAGUUAAUGUCAGAGCUUGUGCAAUCAGAAUUACUGAACGACAUAACACGUCUAUUUAUGCCAGAUUUUAGUCUAUCUAAUGGAUCCUGUAUAUAAAUGUACACGAUCUAUUUGUAAAACACACUUUACACACUGCCUUCUUCACCAGAGAUCAUUUUCACACACAGCCAGUUAGGAAGGAGUCGCGUGAUAACUUGGGUUAUCGUGACAAUGACACAACGGCUGGCAUUUUAGAUGCAGAAAUGUCCACUAUUGAGAAUGUUGUUGCUGGUAAAAUAGCAACGGAAAUUAUGCUUUCUAUGUAUGUAUGUUGUGUGGUGAUCAAUUUUUUAAUAAAGGGCAAAGUAUUUCUAGACC